AUUUUUGAAAAACAAUCUCUUGUCAGAAUCCAAUCAGAAACGGAGGCAACGGACGUCGGGUGAACGCAGAUGGCGACUGCAAAAAUGUUGCGAACACAAGCUUUAUUUUAUGUGAUUGCAAUAUCGUUACAAAUUGCUAGUGGACAACGAGACAGAUAUAAUUAUCGAGAGGAAGACAAUUUGAACGACGACUAUUAUAAUAUGAUCAUCCCGGACUUGGAGGAGGCGCUCCAAAAUUUGGAAUCAUUCAUGGCAACUGCUGAGGCGAACAACAACGAAGCAGCAUAUGAGAACGCGCUAGAUGUCCUGCACAGUCUCGUCGAAUAUACAAGGAAUUCCAACAACGCUUAUAAAUUCAUUAAACUUAAAGGGAUAGAUAGAAUCAUUCCUAUGAACCUGAAAUCAAACAACAUUAAAGUAAGAACUCGUACACUUAUCUUCAUGAAAAGUCUAUUCGAUAUAGCUCCAACUACUAUGUCCGCUUCCAUGCCGAUUGUCAUAGUAGACAAGAUACUAGAUAUAUUCGAAACUGACAAAAUGCCUUUGAAAUCCCACGCCGUGGACGUGUUGACGUACUGGUUGCCUGGGAACCCGCGGGUGCAAGCUAGAGUGAUGAAGCUUAAAGGCUUGGUGCCAUUCUACGACCAGGUAGACAAAUUAGAUACACAUGUCAUUGUAUCUCUAGUCAAUUUGUUCACCAAAGUUCUACAAGAACACAUCCGAGUUAGGAGUGACUCGCAGAAGCAUCUUGUCGACAAUGACCAGAUGAAAUUUUACUUGAGAACAGGUUUAUUGGAGUACAUGUCAACUGAGACUGUCUGUAAUGGACUCCUGGACAUCUUAACGAAGUUAUGGUCCUCUAGUUCGGAGGAACACGGUGUCUUGGUGGUCGCUUUUGACUUGAUCAAGACUAUUCAGCCGUACUGCUUGACGAUGUAUCAGACCAAUGAGAGAGCUAAGAAAUUGUUCGCUGAUCUUUCUACAUUCGUGAAUGAUGCAGACAACCAGGAAUUCUUUGACGUGUAUAAUUUGAACGUGACGGACGUAGCCUUGGUCGUUGCCGGGUACAUGGAGAAGUUCAAUGUUCCGAAUAUAAAGGACGAAAUGGCGGGCCAUAGUUUGCUUACAACGCCAAAACACAACGUUAGCAUUCAACAAAUCCCACAAUUAAUUUACAGUAAAGUUUAAUGCAAUUUCAAUACAUCUUUUAUUCAAAUUGUAGGACGUAGGUAUCUAUUGUGAAUAUUCUCGGUAUAACAAUAAAAUGUUUGUGCAACUUGCGACAUCAUUACCGGUUACCAGUUUACCACAAUGACAAAUCACGCGCCAUGGGUGGCCGCCAUUACAGAUUGCGUUUCCCGCGCUUCCGUUUAGGCGGGAAGCCGACAUUAGUGUUAGUUUUUUUUUAUUUUUUUUUAUACCUUGU